AUGCCCCUUACAUCGGGGGUCAGUGGGAAGAAUGCCCCUUACAUCGGGGGUCAGUGGGAAGAAUGCCCCUUACAUCAGGGGUCAGUGGGAAGAAUGCCCCUUACAUCAGGGGGGGUCAGUGGGAAGAAUGCCCCUUACAUCGGGGGUCAGUGGGAAGACUGCCCCUUACAUCAGGGGUCAGUGGGAAAAAUGCCCCUUACAUUGGGGGUCAGUGGGAAGAAUGCCCCUUACAUCGGGGGUCAGUGGGAAAAAUGCCCCUUACAUCGGAGGUCAGUGAGAAGAAUGCCUCUUACAUCGGGGGUCAGUGGGAAGAAUGCCCCUUACAUCGGGGGUCAGUGGGAAGACUGCCCCUUA